AUGCUUGGCACGUCUGCCCAGACGGCCUUUGCGUCGGAGCCGUCGGCUGCCGACCCGUACCGUUACCAGAGCGGCUUCGGCAACCGGUUUGCGUCCGAGGCAGUGCCGGGCGUGCUGCCUCGCGGCGGCCAGAACUGUCCGCAGCGCUGUCGGUUCGACCUGUAUUCGGAGCAGCUCAACGGGUCGUCGUUUGUCAGCGCGCGCCAGACGCUGCAAAACGUGUGGAUGUACCGCAUCUGGCCGUCGGUGGCCCAUGGCCCCGUGCGGCCGGCCCCCGAGAUCAACCCCCAUGUGCAGGCCUGUUUCCUGCCGCUGAACCCCAAGGUCGGUUUCGUGGCCGAGCAGCGGGCGUGGAACCCGUUGAGCGUGGCCGCCGCGUCGGCCGGCAGUACCGACUUUGUGGCCGGCCUGCGCACCGUGGCCGGCCAGGGUGACCCGACGAUGAAGACCGGCAUUGCCGUGCACGUGUAUGCGGCCGACACGUCCAUGGGCCGACGUGCCUUUUGCAACAACGACGGCGACAUAAUGAUCUUGCCCCAGGAGGGCCGCCUCGACAUCCAGACCGAGCUGGGCUCACUCAUGGUGCGGCCUGGCGAGCUGGUCGUCCUGCAGGCCGGGAUCAAGUUCCGCGUCGGCCUGCCGGAUGGGCCUAGCCGCGGCUACGUGCAGGAGAUCUUUGGCGCGCACUACGAGCUGCCCGAGCUCGGCCCCAUCGGGUCCAACGGCAUGGCUCUGCCCCACGACUUUGAGAGCCCCGUGGCCGGCUUCGCGGUCGACGAGGCCGACUGGGAGAUCGUCUACAAGAUGGCCGGCAGCCUGCACGCCUGCCACCAGCCGCACACGCCCUUUGACGUCGUCGCCUGGCGCGGCAACCUGGUGCCGUACAAGUACGCCACCGAGAAGUUUGUCAAUGUGGCCAACGUCGAGCGCGACCAGGCCGACCCGACCGUGUACUGCGUCCUGACGGCUCGUUCGGCCAUCCCGGGCGUCUCCCUGACCGACUUCCUCAUCUUCACGCCCAAGUGGAUUGCCACCAGCAACACCUUCCGGCCGCCCUACUAUCACCGCAACAUGUCGACCGAGGUCAUGGGCCUGCUGUACGGCAAGUACGGUGGCAGCAGUCACGUGCUCGAGCCCGGUGGAUUGUCCUAUGAGGCUGCCUACAUGCCGCACGGUGAGACGUACGAGACCUGGGUCGACGCGACCUCGGCUGAGCUGCGGCCUGUCCGUGUCUGCGAGGACACCGUCGCGUUCAUGUUCCACAUCAGCGUGCCCCUGCUGCUGACCGACUGGGCCGAGCACGGCGAGGGUGCCCGGCAGCUGCACCCCAGCCCGGCCGAGCCAUGGGCCAAGGCCAAGGCGCCCUUCCUCGACCGCCUGGCCGAGGUCGACGACGUGCUCGCUGCUGCCGGUCUGCCGAAGCUGAGCAGGCCAGCCCAGGCAAAGACCAACGGGGUCAAUGGGGUGAAGGCGGUUAACGGAGUAAAAGCUGCUAAUGGCGUCAACGGGACGUCGUAG